AUGUUCAGCAGCAUGUUUAGUAGGAAAAAGACAAACCCGAAGCAGCCGGUCAAGACCAUCUACAGGUCCAACGAGGUAGCCAUCCCAGCCGACUACCUCAAAACCGACCCGCACGACGCGAAACCCAUCACCUUCUCCAGCAUAGAUUUCGCAAGCUCCGUCCUGCCCGAGUUCAAGGGCUGCUACGCCGUGGUCCUCGACCACGUGCUCAGCCCCACGGAAUGCGCGCAGCUGCUCGAGCUCGCCGAGUCCAGCGUCAUGGACGAGGACAAAGGCGCCGACGGGUCCUCGUGGAGGCCCGCCCUGGUCAACGUCGGCGGCGGCUACGAGGUGCAGGCCCCCGGCUACCGUAACGGCGACCGCAUCAUUUGGGACAGCCAGGUGGUCGUCGAUCGUCUUUGGGACCGCUUGGCGACGGUGCCGCAGAUCAACGAGAAGCUCGCGUCCUUCUCGGCCGACGACCUGCCUGGCGCCGGCGAGGGUACCUACGACUUUGGCCGUGUCAAUAACCGGAUGCGGUUUCUGAAGUACGAUCCGGGCGGGUUUUUCAGGCCGCAUUGCGACGGUCCGUAUGGCGAGCCGACCGCGGAUGGCGGAUACAGCCAGACCUACUUUACGGUGCAUCUGUACCUGAAUGAUUCGCAACAAGAAGUUGGGGAGGAGGCAGAGCUACGUGGAGGCGCUACGUCGUUUCUCUCUCGGGAUGGCAAGCGCAAGAUGGAUAUAGACCCGAAGGCCGGCCGGGUGCUCAUCUUCCAGCAUUCGCGGCUCAGGCACUCGGGUGACAACGUCACGGCUGGUAUCAAGUACACGGUUCGGACAGACAUCAUGUAUCGGUUACGUGAGGAUCGAUGA